GGAUAGCUCCAAAACUACAACACAGGUCUGAUAGCGAUCCAAGAUCAAUAUGGCUAACCUCAACCCUGGUGAUGAAAAGCUCGUCUUCGAGUCCUCGAACUCGAUCAAAGUCUGUCCCACAUUCGAGUCUAUGGAUCUGAAGGAGGAUUUGAUUCGAGGGAUUUACGCCUACAACUUCGAGAAGCCUUCUGCCAUCCAGCAGAGGGCCAUCAAGCCUAUCAUCUCCGGUCGAGAUGUCAUCGCUCAAGCCCAAUCCGGUACCGGUAAAACCGCCACCUUCAGCAUCUCCGUCCUUCAAUCCAUCGAUACCUCAAUCAGGGAGACGCAGGCGCUCAUCCUCUCGCCUACUCGAGAGUUGGCCGUCCAGAUCCAGAACGUCGUUCUCGCUUUGGGAGACUACAUGAACGUGCAGUGUCAUGCGUGUAUCGGAGGGACCAGUAUUGGUGAAGACAUCAAGAAACUCGAGUACGGCCAGCAUGUUGUCAGUGGAACCCCUGGGCGUGUUUUCGACAUGAUCCGAAGGAGGAACUUGAGGACCAGGAACAUCAAGAUGUUGGUUCUCGACGAGAGCGAUGAGCUGUUGAACCAGGGAUUCAAGGACCAGAUUUACGACAUCUACCGAUACCUCCCUCCUGCCACCCAAGUCGUUAUCCUGAGUGCCACUUUGCCUCACGAUGUAUUGGAGAUGACCCAGAGGUUCAUGACCGACCCUAUCAGGGUCCUGGUUAAGCGUGACGAAUUGACGUUGGAGGGGAUCAAGCAGUUCUUCGUCGCCGUCGAGAAGGAGGACUUCAAGGCGGAGACCUUGUUCGAUCUUUACGACACCUUGACUAUUACCCAAGCUGUUGUCUUCUGCAACACCCGUAGAAAGGUCGACUGGCUUACCGAAAAGCUUCGAGAGGCCAACUUCACCGUCAGCAGCAUGCACGGAGACAUGCCUCAGAAGGAGCGAGACGCCAUCAUGAGCGAAUUCCGAGGUGGACAGUCGCGAGUCUUGAUCACGACCGAUGUCUGGGCUAGAGGAAUCGACGUUCAACAGGUGUCUCUCGUCAUCAACUAUGAUCUUCCUUCUUCUCGAGAGGCUUACUUGCACAGGAUCGGUCGAUCCGGUCGUUUCGGCCGAAAGGGUGUCGCUAUCAACUUCGUCACCGUCGAAGACGUUCGUAUUCUGCGUGAUAUCGAGCUCUACUUCUCGAUGACUGUCGAUGAAAUGCCGGCUGGUGUCGCCGAUCUCGUUUAGAUGGAACAAUGCGGCUAUUAUUUUACCUGCUUCAGUUCGCCACAUCACGGCUUGGCUGUUUCGGCACCGAUUGUACUGUUGAGAAUGGAUAUCGAUUGUGACGCUCUAAACCUUUCCGCCUUAUCACCUAUUGAAGACCAUUCGGAUGAGAAAGAGUUCAGAACGGUUCGAUCAUCUGGCCGCGAUCGUUGGCAGGAUGGACGCAUUGUAUUCCCCGGAUUCCGACGAGCC